AUGGCAACUUCUCUUCUGGGGGAGGAACCGCGGCUGGGAUCCACUCCGCUGGCCAUGCUCGCCGCUACCUGCAACAAGAUCGGCAGCCCCAGCCCGUCGCCCUCCUCGCUGUCGGACAGCUCGCCGUCCUUCGGGAAAGGCUUCCACCCCUGGAAGCGCUCCUCGUCGUCGUCCUCGGGCAGCUGCGGCGCCGUGGGCUCCGGCCUCCCCGGCUUCGACUCGGUGUUCCCGGCGCCGGGCGUGUCGGGGGGCGGCGGCGGCGGCGGCGGCGGGGGCGGCGGCGGCGGCGGCGGCUCCGGGGCGCACUCGCAGGACGGCUCGCACCAGCCGGUGUUCAUCUCCAAGGUGCACGCGUCGGUGGACGGGCUGCAGGGCAUCUACCCGCGCGUGGGCAUGGCGCACCCCUACGAGUCGUGGUUCAAGCCCUCGCACCCGGGCCUCGCCGCCGCGGGCGACGUGGGCUCCGCGGGCGCCUCCAGCUGGUGGGACGUGGGCGCGGGCUGGAUCGACGUGCAGAACCCCAACGGCGCGGCGGCGCUGCCCGGCUCGCUGCACCCGGCGGCCGGCGGCCUGCAGACGUCGCUGCACUCCCCGCUGGGCGGCUACAACUCGGAGUACUCGGGUCUGGGCCACUCGGCCUUCGGCGGCGGCGCCUCGUCGCACCUGCUCAGCCCCGCGGGCCAGCACCUCAUGGACGGCUUCAAGCCGGUGCUGCCCGGCUCCUACCCCGACGCCGCGCCGUCGCCGCUGGCCGGCGCGGGCGGCUCGGUGCUGAGCGCGGGCCCCGCCGCGCCCCUGGGGGGCUCCCCGCGCUCGUCGGCGCGCCGCUACUCGGGCCGCGCCACCUGCGACUGCCCCAACUGCCAGGAGGCCGAGCGCCUGGGCCCGGCGGGCGCCAGCCUGCGGCGCAAGGGGCUGCACAGCUGCCACAUCCCCGGCUGCGGCAAGGUCUACGGCAAGACGUCGCACCUGAAGGCGCACCUGCGCUGGCACACGGGCGAGCGGCCGUUCGUGUGCAACUGGCUCUUCUGCGGCAAGCGCUUCACGCGCUCCGACGAGCUGCAGCGGCACCUGCGGACGCACACGGGCGAGAAGCGCUUCGCCUGCCCCGUGUGCAACAAGCGCUUCAUGCGCAGCGACCACCUGAGCAAGCACGUGAAGACGCACAGCGGCGGCGGCGGCCCGGCCGGCCCGGGCGGCGGCAAGAAGGGCAGCGACACCGACAGCGAGCACAGCGCGGCGGGCAGCCCGCCCUGCCCGUCCCCCGAGCUGCUGCCGCCCCCCGAGCCGGCCCACCGCAACGGCCUGGAGUGA